AUGGCGCACCACCCCCUGGUGCACCAUUGCUAUGUGCUGCACCGACCGGCCCUGAUUCGAGAGAAUCCAAUCCAACCAAAGCAACACAACACUACACAACGCUUCCUCCUCCUCUCCCCUCGAAUCGAUCCCCUCCAAACCCGCCGCCGCCGUGGACCUCCUAUCCCCAUCCCCACCGGCGUUCUCGUCUCCUCUAGCCUUGCCGUCAACGUCCCGCCCUGCCCUGCAUCCCGUCGCCGGCGCCCCCACCCUCUCCCCUCUCCGUCUCUUCCUAGGAGGCAGCGAGGCCUCAGAUCCACAGGCCACGGCAACCACCGCCACCGCGUCCUACUCCUUCCACCCCACCUAGCCGCCCUCCGCCUCCAUAGCUCUCCGUCCCUCCCUCCCUCCUCGCGCCCGCAGCCAUGUCGACCGAGCUCAGGACCCCUCUUCUCCAAGACCAAAACGCAGGAAGCAGGCCAGGGCGACUUCAGCGCCUCCCUUCUCCUGGACGGCAGUUCAGUCGUGUUGGUCAUGCGCCCCCACAACCAGAGAGGAGAGGAGGCGGAGAUGUUGUUGCUGCACGGGCUGACGGGGAAGAACAAGCAGGCGUGGAAGGAGGGCAAGAUCCGCGGCACGACGGUGCUGGUGAAGAGCGGCGUGCUCGACCUCGGCGACUUCAACUCAUCCGUCCUCAACGGCGUCCACAAGAUCCUCGACGGCCAAGGACGAUGGCGUCUCCUUCCAUCUCGUCAGCGCCACCGCACCCAACCCCCGGAUUGAAGGUUGCCAACAAAGAAAGGAAGAAAGAAAGAAAGAAAGAUCCAUUUCUCCAUGGAAGGAGGAAGGGACAUCUUGAUCGCAAGUGACUGACUAGAAGCAACCGAGGGAGCCGGCAACCUCUCCGACAUGCUGCUCAUGACCACCUCCCCAACCAGAUGUUGUUGGGAUAAAGUAAAGAAAAAGAAGAAAAGAUUACUAGAAGAUUAGUUUUAGAAUUUCUUUUAUUUCCUUGUAAUUUU